AUGCUGUUUAUCGUCGUACUGCUUAUCCUUCUAGCAAGUGUCAACGUUCAGGGUUCGCAAUACACUCUACCGCCAUGGAUGAGAGGACAAGUGUACGAAAAGCUAUUCAGAAAUUUCAACCCUAACCAGCAGUGGAGUUCUGCUCUUGCGAAUGCGGCGUUGUUCGAAGCAAUGUGGCCAAGAUUUCCACGUGAUACCGAAACUUUCAUAAGGCUCGCAAAGAAAAUGUUUUUCCCGAAAACGGACUCAUCAGAACUAGCAGUGAAGGUGCGUGCGGCACUCGAAAGCGCUUUGAGGGAAAGGGCUACUUGGCCGUCUCACUCUGACAAUGGCGUACACUACGGAUGCGGUGGCGUUUAUAACACAGACGGAGAGAUGGAUUUCGUUUCCGUAGUUUGUUUCUUUCAAUUGUAUGGUUAG